AUGGCUCCUGAGAACUUGUCAAUGGGGAUGUUUUGCUUGUCCCAGACAGUUGUGGGAGUCCUGGGUAACUCAUCAAUUUUGUUCCAUUAUUUUAUAUCUUUAUUCUCUGGAAGGUACCUGAUGCCCAAAAAUGAGAUUUUAAAGCAUCUUACCCUAGCCAACUUAUUGUCUAUUACCUCAAGAGAAAUUCCACAGACAAUGGCAUUGUUUGGCUUUCAAUCAUUCCUGGAUGAUAUCGCAUGUAAAGUUAUUGUCUACAGUAAUCGAGUAUCCCGAGAGGUUUCCCUACAUACCAUGUGCUUCUUGAGUUGUUUCCAAGCUAUCACAGUCAGCCCCAGCAACUCCAGGUGGGGGAAGCUUAAACAAAGAGCCAUCAAGUAUAUUGUUCCCUCCUGUUCACUCAGCUGGCCUGUAUACCUGUUUCUAAACAGCAAAAUUGCUAUGGUGGUUGGCCGUAAUACCAACUUAAAUUUCACUAGGAAAUUCAAUGUGGGCUACUGCUCAUCAUUUGAUAUUGGUGGAAUCCCACUAUAUUUAUUUCUGAUCUGUUUCAUUGAUAUUUUCUAUCUGAGUCUCAUGACCUGGGCCAGUGUCUCCAUGGUGAGUAUCCUCUACAGGCACAAGAAGCAGGUACUGUACCUCCGCAGUUCCCGCCAUUGCCUCAGAGUCUCACCUGAAGCCAGAGCCACCCAAGUCAUCCUGAUCCUAGUGUGCACCUAUGUCACCUUCUACUCAAUGACUUUCAUCCUGGUUUUUUAUACAGUGUUCAUUAAUAGACCAAAGCUGUGGUUAGUAAAUAUUUUUGCAUUUGUUGAAUCAUGUUUCCCCACCUUUUGUCCCUUCCUACUCAUCACCAAAAAAACUUCCUUUUAUAAGAUCUGUUUUUCCUGA